CCAUGUUGGCUACUGCCCCAAAUCGUGCUCUCUGAUGGGUGACCUGACGUGUCGAGAGAUGCUGUACCUGAUUGGUCGGUUGCGAGGAGUCACAGAAACUGAUCUGGAGCAUGUAAUUGAUGACGUCAUAGAAUGUUGCCUUCUCACCAGUCAGGCCGAUGACGUCAUAGAUAGUUGCAGUGCUGGGACAAAGAGAAAAUUAAGCACAGCAAUAGCGUUGAUUGGAAAACCAACCAUCAUAUUCCUGGAUGACCCGACAACAAGUGUUGAUCCAUUGUCCAGGAGAAAGAUAUGGUCCGUUCUGCAAGAAAUACGUCAACAAGGCACAACGCUGGUGCUGACCACCAACAGCACUGAAGAAAGUGAAAUGCAGUGCACUCGAGUGACAAUAAUGAUCGACCAGCGCUUUGUCACUAUGGGCAGUCCACAGUCGCUUAAAAAUGUGUACGGGGACGGCGUUAACAUUGAAAUACGUCUGACAGAUGAAGAGGAAAUUGCCACAAAGGAUCUUAUUUCUUUUAUAAGUUCGCGCCUGCCUGGAGGAUAUGUGACCAAAGAAAACAACUUCACGAUAACUUUUAAAGUCUUAAACGAACAUAUCCGUUGGGGCCAACUCUUUCAAACACUUGAGGAGGCUAGGACCCGCUUUACGAUUGCAGAUUAUAGCAUCCAGCAGUGUACUUUGGAGGCCGCUUUUCUCCAUUUGUCACGUUCCUUUGUUGCACCUACAAGCGUUGACCACAGCCAAGCAACACGUAGCUUUGUGUUGUAAAGCGCUUUUAAGUCAGACAUAUGAGAGAGUCUACAUUGGAGCAAUCACUAAUCAGUCACACUCGGGUACUUUAUUUAAUAAUUUAAAACGUUUUGAACCCAAACCUUCUGCGUUUUGUUUUCACCAAAAAGAGCACAACUGUCAAGAGAGAGGGAAUCAUGAAUAGUAAAGCACAAGCGAUUUGUUUGAUGGUCUGUUGAUCGUAAUAUUCUUAACGGUUUUAGUUUCAUGUGUAAGUUAAUCCAUUAAGAUGAUUUGCAUCGUUGGAAUAUCAAGAUUUGUUAUACAUGAAGGAACACGCAUGCAUUAAAUACCCUGUACCCACAGAUAUUCCCAUGUUAAUGCCGUCUGCCAUAUCUGAGAAACGAUCAACUCUCUGAAACACAAACAUAACAAAGUCAGAUAUAUGCCAAUGUUUUUUAUUUGAUCAGUUCAUGAUUUUUUUUUACAUUUGAUUGGUCUAUUGAAUAAUUAGGAACUAUUCGGCAUAUUCUUCAAAUGGUUGUUUUUUAAACAACUCAAACGAAUUUCUGCGUCACACAUAGACCUGAUUAUUUUAUUGAUACAUUUAAGCAGAUUUUUUCUCUUGGUUUAAUAGUAUAUAAAAACUGUCAAAACAUUUGAAACAAUGAGAGUUUUUUCUCUAAAAACGAAUUGUACAUCCUCCUGGGUUGCUAAAUUGUAGUCAACGUAAUUCUUGUCCACAUCGCCGAAAAAAUCCAGAUAAUUUUCUGCGUCGUGUGUCUUGAUGCAUUGCG